GAGCCCCGUUACUGACCCAGACAUCAGACUGUGAGAGGGCUGCAAGCCACCUGCAGGAGGCUGCGACCACAACGCAACCAGAAGAGCAGAAGUCUAUUGGAGAGAUCUAAGAAAAAGACAGGAGCAGAGAAAACUACUUCAUUCUCCAGGUUCUUCUCCAGCCCUUCUUCGGCCAUCCUGUUAACUUUGAGCAGAAGACAACAGAUGAUAGAAGAAAAGAAUAGUGGAUCUUAUGAAUUGUGCUGAGAGACACUGAACCACUUGACCUCAUGGAAGCAAGUCUCCUGAACUCUCUUGAUCGAUGAUGAACGUUGCGCGCCCCUGUGCGCCGGCGCCUGUGAAUCCCUGCCAUAGCCCUCAUAUGGUGACUUCUGAUGACCUGGAAUCAACACGAGGCUGAACCAUGGUCAUUCUGCAACAGGGGGACUAUGUGUGGCUGGAUCUUAAAAGGGGCCGGGAGUUUGACGUCCCCGUGGGAGCUGUGGUCAAACUGUGCGACUCUGGACAGAUCCAGGUUCUGGAUGAUGAAGGCCGGGAGCACUGGAUUUCCCCUCAAAAUGCCACCAACAUCAAACCCAUGCACCCGACCUCCAUACAUGGGGUGGAGGAUAUGAUCCGUCUGGGUGACCUCAAUGAAGCUGGCAUCCUCCGUAACCUGCUAAUCCGCUAUAAUGAAUGCGUCAUCUACACGUAUACAGGCUCAAUACUGGUAGCAGUCAACCCUUACCAGCUGCUGCCCAUCUACACUCCAGACCAGAUCCGCCUCUACACCAAUAAGAAGAUCGGCGAGAUGCCGCCGCACAUAUUCGCCAUUGCGGACAACUGUUACUUCAACAUGCAGCGGAACAACAAGGACCAGUGCUGCAUCAUCAGCGGUGAGUCUGGAGCUGGGAAGACUGAGAGCACAAAGCUGAUUCUGCAGUUCCUCGCUGCCAUCAGCGGGCAGCACUCCUGGAUAGAGCAGCAAGUCCUAGAAGCCACGCCUAUCCUUGAAGCUUUCGGCAAUGCCAAGACAAUUCGAAAUGACAACUCCAGUCGCUUUGGGAAGUACAUAGAUAUCCACUUCAACAAGCGAGGGGCCAUCGAAGGAGCCAAAAUAGAGCAGUACCUGCUGGAGAAGUCCCGUGUGUGUCGACAGGCUCCAGAUGAGAGAAACUACCAUAUUUUCUACUGCAUGUUGAAGGGCAUGGCUCCCGAAAUGAAGUCAAAGCUGGGCCUGGGCCUCGCCACAGACUACUCCUACCUCACCAUGGGUAGCUGCACAAAGUGUGACGGUCGUGACGACCUGAGUGAUUAUUCCAGCAUCCUGUCAGCCAUGAAGGUUCUCAUGUUCACCGAGACGGAAACCUGGGAGAUUUCCAAGCUUCUGGCUGCCAUCCUGCAUAUGGGAAACCUGCGAUUCGAGGCUCGUACCUAUGAUAAUCUGGACGCCUGUGUGGUUGUGAGAUCUCCUGACCUGGUGACUGCUGCGUCGCUUAUGGAGGUGGAGCCUAAAGACGUGAUGGUGUGUUUGACGACACGAACCCUUAUCACACGUGGUGAAAGUGUUGUCACCCCUCUAAGUGUGGAGCAAGGCUUGGAUGUCAGGGAUGCCUUUGUUAAGGGGAUCUACGGGAGGUUGUUUGUCUGGAUAGUGGAUAAGAUUAAUGCUGCCAUAUACCGACCUCCUUCCUGCGAGAGUAACAUCAUCCGAAGAUCCAUCGGUUUGCUGGACAUCUUUGGCUUUGAGAACUUUAUCGUCAACAGUUUUGAGCAGCUGUGCAUCAACUUCGCCAACGAGAACCUGCAGCAGUUCUUUGUCCGCCACGUCUUUAAACUGGAGCAGGAGGAGUACAACCUGGAGGACAUCAGCUGGCAGCACAUCGAGUUCACAGACAACCAGGAUGCAUUGGACAUGAUCGCCAACAAACCCAUGAACAUCAUCUCCCUCAUAGAUGAAGAGAGCAAGUUCCCCAAGGGAACUGAUGCUACGAUGCUGUAUAAGCUCAACUCUCAGCACAAGCUCAACUCCAACUACAUUCCUCCUAAAAACAGUUACGAAACCCAGUUUGGUAUCCAACACUUUGCAGGAGUGGUGCAUUACGAGACCAGAGGCUUCCUGGAGAAAAACCGAGACAGCCUCCACACUGACAUCAUCCAGCUCGUCCACUCGUCCAAGAAUAAGUUCAUCAAGCAGAUCUUCCAGGCUGAUGUUGCCAUGGGCGUUGAGACGAGGAAGCGCUCCCCGACUCUGAGCAGUCAAUUCAAACGAUCUCUGGAGCUGCUGAUGAGGACGCUCAGCGUGUGUCAGCCGUUCUUCGUUCGCUGUAUAAAACCCAACGAACUUAAAAAACCCAUGCUGUUUGAUCGAGAGCUGUGCGUUCGUCAGCUGCGCUACUCUGGCAUGAUGGAGACCAUCCGGAUUAGGCGGGCGGGUUAUCCAAUCAGAUACACCUUUGCCGAAUUUGUGGAUCGUUACCGAGUCCUGAUGCCUGGCGUCAAACCUGCUCACAUACAGGAGGACUUACGAGGAACCUGUCAGCAAAUAGUCCAGGCCCGGCUGGGAAAACAUGAUGACUGGCAGAUUGGAAAGACUAAAAUUUUUCUAAAGGAUCACCACGACAUGCAGCUGGAGAUCGAGAGGGACAAGGCCAUCACCGACAAGGUCAUCCUUAUCCAGAAGGCUGUGCGUGGGCUUAAAGAGAGAACAAACUUCCUCAGACUGAGGGGCGCUGUGACUGUUAUUCAGAAGGUCUGGAGGGGUUACCGAUGCAGAAAGAAUUACCAAAUUAUGCAGUCCGGCUUCUUGCGCCUCCAGGCCGUCUACAGGUCGAGGAAGUAUUACCGAAGCUACCGGAUGACUCGCCUUCGCGUGACUCUCAUCCAAGCCCGUUGCCGCGGCUUCCUCAUCCGGCAGGCAUUUUGGCGGCGUCUUCGUGCCGUGUUGACCAUCCAGGCCUACACCAGGGGCAUGAUAGCCAGACGCCUCUGCCAGAGGCUCAGGGCAGAGCUGCAGCAUCGGCUGGAAGCUGAGCGCCAGCGCCUGGCCGAAGAGGAGCAGCUGCGAAACCAGAUGACAGUUCGGCGGGCAAAGGCCGAGGCCGAGAGGAAACACCAGGAGCGGCUCAUCCAGCUGGCACAGCAGCAAGAGGAGAGGGAGCGAGAGGAAAAGGAGGAGUCGAGGAGGAAGAAGGAGCUGCUGGAGCAGAUGGAGAGGGAGAAGGAGCAGCCAGUCGACCACUCGGACAUGGUUGACCGUAUGUUUGGUUUCUUGGGGAACUCUGGGCCGCUGCCCAACCAGGAUGGACAGGCACCAGCUGGUUUUGAAGAUUUGGAAAACACGCCUCGUGGUGAGGAAGCUGAAGAGGAGGUUUUGAGCGAGGCUCUCCAGUUACCUGACGAGGAAGAGGAGGAUUUGUCAGAGUAUAAAUUCUCCAAAUUUGCAGCCACCUACUUCCAGGGUGUCUCCACCCACACCUACAUCAGACGGCCACUGAAACAACCUCUGCUUUUCCACGAGGACGAAGGAGACCAGCUGGCGGCUUUAGCUGUAUGGAUCACUGUGUUGAGGUUCAUGGGCGAUCUCCCGGAGCCCAAAUGCCCGAUGGUCAUCAACGACGGCAGCGAGAAGAUCCCCGUCAUGACAAAGAUCUAUGAAACCCUCGGCAAGAGGACCUACAAGCGAGAGCUGCAGGAGCUGCAGGUGGAGGGAGAGAACAGCUCCAUAGACAGCCAGAAGAGGAACAGUGUCAGGCAUAAACUCGUGUCCCUCACCCUCAAGAGGAAGUCCAAGAUCACUGAGGAGGUCACCAGGCGGCUGACAGAGGGGGACUACAGUCUCCAGGGAAACAGCAUGUUGGAGGACCGACCCACCUCCAACCUGGAGAAACUUCACUUCAUCAUCGGCAACGGCAUCUUGCGGCCCACCCUCAGAGACGAGAUCUAUUGUCAGAUCUGCAAGCAGCUCAGCCAGAACCCGUCCAAAAGCAGCCACGCCCGCGGGUGGAUCCUGUUGUCCCUCUGCGUGGGCUGCUUUGCCCCCUCCGAGAAGUUCGUCAAAUAUCUACGGACAUUUUUGAAAAACGGUCCUCCGGGUUACGCUCCCUACUGCGAGGAGAGGUUGAGGAGGACGUUCGUCAACCGCACUCGGAUGCAGCCGCCGUCUUGGUUGGAACUGCAGGCCACAAAGUCUAAGAAGCCCAUCAUGCUGCCCGUGACAUUCAUGGACGGCACCACAAAGACACUCCUCGCAGACUCGGCCACCACAGCCAGCGAGCUGUGCAACGCACUGGCGGACAAAAUCAACCUGAAAGAUCGCUUUGGCUUCUCGCUGUACAUCGCUCUGUUUGACAAGGUGUCGUCUUUGGGCAGCGGUAACGAUCACGUCAUGGACGCCAUCUCGCAGUGUGAGCAGUACGCAAAGGAGCAGGGCGCCCAGGAGAGGAAUGCUCCCUGGAGGCUGUUCUUCAGGAAGGAGAUCUUCAGCCCCUGGCACAACCCUGCCGAGGACUACGUUGCCACAAACCUCAUUUAUCAGCAGAUCGUCCGGGGGGUGAAAUUCGGAGAGUACCGCUGUGAGAGGGAGGAGGACUUGGCAGAACUGGCCUCUCAGCAGUACUAUGUGGAUUACGGCUCCGAGGUCCUCCAGGAUCGUCUGCUCAGCCUCAUUCCGUCCUACAUCCCCGACAGAGAAAUCACCUCCACUAAGACUGCAGAGAAGUGGGUUCAGCUCAUCAUCAGCGCCCAUAAAAAGGGAGUACAAAUGAAAAGGAGGGUAAAUACGCAGAAAGUGAAGGAGGAUGUGGUGGAUUUUGCUCGUUUAAAGUGGCCUUUACUCUUCUCACGCUUCUACGAGGCCUUCAAAUUCUCUGGGCCGAGUCUGCCCAAGAAUGACGUUAUCGUAGCAGUAAACUGGACCGGAGUUUACUUUGUGGAUGAACAGGAGCAGGUCCUUCUCGAGCUCUCUUUCCCAGAGAUCACGGCUGUGUCCAGCAGCAGAGGGGGUAAACUCCAGGGACAGAGCUUCACUCUGGCCACCAUCAAAGGAGACGAGUAUACGUUCACCUCCAACAAUGCAGAGGACAUCCGCGACCUGGUGGUCACCUUCCUCGAGGGUCUAAGGAAGAGGUCCAAAUAUGUGGUGGGACUGCUGGACUGCCUGAACCCAGUAGGGGUAGAUUCCAACUUCCUGAGUUUUGCUAAAGGAGAUCUGAUCAUCUUGGAUGAACAUGACGGAGAGCAUGUGAUGAACUCUGGCUGGGCACACGGCAUCAAUGACAGGACCAAACAGAGAGGGGACUUCCCUGCUGACUGUGUCUAUGUGCUACCUACUAUCACCCGACCACAGUAUGAUAUAGUGGCUCUCGUCACCAUGACUCCCGAUCAGAGGCGCGUGUCUAUCGGUUUGUCCCAGAUUAACCUUUCGGACCAAGAGGAUAAAUCUAAGGCCUACACUCUGGAGGAGUUUUCCUAUGACUACUUCAGGCCUCCUCCAAAGAGUACUCUGAGCAGGGUGGUGAUCUCAAAAGCUCGAGGGAAGGAGCGUCUGUGGAGCUGCACCCGCGAGCCUCUCAAACAGCCUCUAUUGAAGAAAGUCCUGGCUCACGACGAGCUCUCCCAGGAGGCCUGCCUUGCCUUCAUAGCUGUGAUGAAGUAUAUGGGCGACUACCCGUCCAAACGAGUGCGUUCUGUCAACGAGCUCACCGAUCAGAUAUUCGAAGGAGCCCUGAAGGCCGAGCCGCUCAAAGACGAAAUCUUUUGCCAGAUUCUCAAACAGCUGACAGACAAUCACAUUAAGUACAGUGAGGAGAAGGGCUGGGAGCUGCUCUGGCUUUGCACUGGUUUGUUUCCUCCCAGUAACAUCCUGCUGCCUCACGUCCAGAAGUUCCUGCAAGCCAAGAAACACUAUCCUCUGGCUCCAGACUGCAUGCAGCGGCUGCAGAAAGCCUUACGAAACGGAUCGAGGAAGUACCCUCCUCACCUGGUGGAGGUGGAGGCCAUCCAGCACAAGACGACUCAAAUCUUCCACAAAGUUUACUUCCCUGAUGAUUCAGACGAGGUGUUUGAGGUGGAGUCGAGCACGAAAGCCAAAGACUUCUGCCACAACAUCUCCGGACGUCUGAUGCUCAAAUCCUCCGAGGGCUUCAGUCUCUUUGUAAAGAUCACUGACAAGGUCAUCAGCGUGCCGGACGGCGACUUCUUCUUUGACUUUGUGAGGCACCUGACUGACUGGAUCAAGAAAGCCAGACAUGUAAAAGAUGGUGUAGUGCCUUCUCUAACCUACCAGGUGUUCUUCAUGAAGAAGCUGUGGACUAAUACGCUUCCCGGAAAAGACUCCAUGGCUGAUUCCAUCUUCCACUACUACCAGGAGCUGCCGAAGUAUCUACGUGGCUACCACAAGUGUUCAAAGGAGGAGGUGCACCAGCUGGCAGCGCUGAUCUACAGGGUGAAGUUUGAGGAGGAUAAAUCCCACUUCCACAAUAUUUCCAAGAUCCUGAAGGAGCUCGUCCCCCAGGACCAGAUCAGACAUUUGUCCCCCGACGACUGGAAGCGGUCCAUCGUGUCGCUGUUCAACAAGCACUCAGGGAAGACUCGGGAAGAAGCCAAACUCUCCUUCCUCAAAAUCAUUUACAAGUGGCCCACGUUUGGUUCUGCCUUCUUCGAAGUCAAGCAAACAACUGAUCCUAAUUACCCAGAAACCCUCCUGAUAGCAAUCAACAAACAUGGAGUCAGUCUGAUUGAUCCCAAGUCUAAGGACAUCCUCAUCACUCACCCUUUCACCAAGAUCUCCAACUGGAGCAGCGGCAACACGUACUUUCACAUCACCAUCGGAAACCUGGUGCGAGGCAGCAAGCUGCUGUGUGAAACCUCCCUGGGCUACAAAAUGGACGACCUCCUGACCUCUUACAUCAGCCAGAUGCUGACGACGAUGACCAAACAGCGAACGUCCCGGGGCAGCAGCAAGUGAGCAGAAGGCUGGAAAGUCAUUGAUCCCAUUUGAUCAAAGCUGGACACAAACACCCACACCCACAACACUGUAAAAACAUGUAAACACGCUAAUGGCUGACUGUGACGCUCUAAUGUUUUCACACUAUAACAUCGGUCCUGUCUUAAAACUCACCUGCUGCCUUUAAAUUACUCUUUCCUGAUGCUGGACUUUGUGUAAUUGCAGUGAUUAGCAGUGACGUUUAUUCUUUGUGCUGUAAAGUUUGACAAGUUCAACUUUCAGUGAAACCACUUUUCACAUGUCUUGACUGAAGUGUGCAAAAAGAUUUUUAUAUUAUUAACAUCUGCACUGAAACAGCUGGGCCUGUAUUUAUAAAGUGUCACUAAGUAGGAACUUGGUCCUGCAUAGGCUGAAAGUGAUGAAUGCAACUGUUCUUGUUUAACUGUGUUAGGGGAGCACAGUUAAAUGUCUUGUUUGGCAUCAGCGAUGAACCAAUUCUUAAAACACUACAUUUAAAACCUGGAGCCAGUCAUUUUUAGUGUUUCUGUUAGAAAAGAAAUCAUCAUUUUCUGUCCUAUUAAUCUCCAUCUUAACAUGCCGGUUUCAAAUCUGAAGAAGCAUCCUGGUCACUUUUCCAUAAAGUCUCAAAGAAAUCUUGCUAUCUUGAACCUGGUGAUAUUUACGCAGAGAGGUAUGCACGAGAUUUAUGCCUGCACACUUCUUGUGUCAAAUCAACAGUUUUUAUUUUGCAGAUCUUUGAAUUGCUUCUAUUGUAUAGAUCAUAUUCUUGAUUAUAAUUCAUUAAGAAUAUAAAAUGGCAUAAAUGUUCAACUAGAAUCCUAAAGGCAUGAACAAAAUCCCAAUUUAUACA